GGAGCAAAGCAAAGAAAGGACUAAAAUGAGACCGGAGGGGCUGAGGGGGUGAAAGGACCCAUCCAAAAAAAGAGAGGGACAGAGAGGGGAGAUAGCGGGAGGAACACGACCAGAGAGCCGAGAGAAAGAUAGAGAGAGAGAGAGAGAGAGAGAAGAAAGGGGAGGGAGCAAGGGAGGGUUACCUCAUCUAGAGCUGCUAGUGAGCACGGUGCAGGGGGAGAAGUUGUGGGAAAGUAAACAGCAGAGGAGAAUUCCAAUCUGCUUGCAGCCACUUGCAGCCCUCGCAGGAGACCACAGAGAUGAGUGUGCUGGACCCGGCACUGUGGUAAAGAAAACUGUGAACGUAUGGGAGGUUACCAGGAUUAAAGGUUCACCAGGGAGUGCCUGAAGCUUCUCGGAGGACACAUCACUGAGAGGACAAGGAGGGAUUAUGUCGACUGUGAUGUCUCAGCCACCACCAAAGGAGGAUGAAGAGGAGGAGGAUGAAGAGCACGGGGAAGAGUUUACAUUCGAGGACACGGAUGAGGAGAAACUUCAGGAGGACGGCAAAGGGAUCGAGUCUGGCGCUGUUGGAUCCGUCCAGGUGCCGAAACAGGGCAGCGAUGAGACGUCAGACGGGGCGUUAAAAACAGACACGGGCAGCACGCAAACAUCGCCUCCUGCUGGACAGGAGGGAGCUGCCAAUACGGAUGUGGCUUCAGUUUCUACUGCAGAUGUUCCAGUUAAUGAGUCACCCAGCUGGGCCGCGACAGCAGCAGCAGCAGCAGCAGCAGCUGAGCCUGGUAACUCAGCUCCUUGUGCGGGGAAGGAGCUCCGGGGGCUUCCUGCGGGGCCGUCAGCUGUGGAGACGCCGGCUAAUUCGGGAGACCGCGGCACAGAAAUCGUCAAGGAAAGCUCCGGCUCCAGGGAGAUCUCUGAAGCUUUGUGUGUGACUGAGGCCGAGCCACAGGCGGCGGACGCUUCAGAGGUGAUCUACGAUGACGUUCCGAGCGAGGACCCCCUCUCUCCCGAUGACGAUAUGAUAUACGAGGACGUUCAGAGAGACAGUGGUCCCGUGGCAGCUGACAACGGAUGGAGCUCCAGUGAGUUUGAAAGCUAUGACGAGCAUUCCGAUAACGAGACCAAAGUACCAACGCGGAGCAAGCUCUCUCCUGAAGUGCGACGGCUGAGGGAUCGCUGUGCCAAGACCAAACGCGAGCUGGCCAUGAGGCUCUCUGGCAAACACAACUAUGACAUCAAGGUUCAGCAGCUCAUGAAGGCGGCGAGGAGCGGAACAAAGGAUGGGCUUGAAAAGACCAAGAUAGCCGUGAUGCGAAAAGUUUCCUUCCUGCAGAGGAAAGAUCAAUUGGAAGAGGAGGACGAUGCAGGAUACCUGGAUGUGGCUGUGUCAGAAGACAAGCAUCCUCCCCCGCAGCUGAGCCCCAUGCCAGAGGGGCUGACCAGCCACCAGGUUGUCAGGCGCCAUAUCCUCGGCUCCAUCAUUCAGAGCGAGCGGAGCUACCUGGAGUCUCUCAGGAGGAUCCUGCAGGAAUACCACAGACCACUGAUGGAAGCUGAUCCACGCAUCCUGAGCCCGAGGAAGAUCCGGCCUAUAUUUUACCGAAUCAGGGAGAUCACGCAGUGCCACUCCAUGUUCCAGAUUGCGCUGGCGUCGCGUGUGGCUGAAUGGGACAGCAGCGAGAAAAUCGGAGACUUGUUUGUCGCCUCGUUUUCCAAGUCCAUGGUUCUGGAUGUAUACAGUGAUUACGUGAACAACUUCACCAACGCCAUGGCUCUCAUAAAGAAGGCGUGCAUGUCCAAGCCAGCUUUCCUGGAAUUCUUAAAGAAGAAGCAGGCGUCUAGUGUUGACCGGAUCACCCUGUACGGCCUGAUGGUGAAGCCCAUCCAACGAUUCCCGCAGUUUAUUUUGCUCCUGCAGGACAUGCUCAAGAAUACACCGAAGGGCCACGUGGACCGUCUGCCCCUGCAGCUAGCUCUGACAGAGCUGGAGAUGCUGGCUGAGAAGCUGAAUGAACAGAAACGAGUAGCUGACCAGAUUGCAGAGACCCAACAACUGGCCCGCAGCGUCAGUGAUCGCCUGCUCAGUAAGCAACUCAACUCGGAGCAGGGGUCACUGGUCCUUUGUGAGACGCUUAUUGAGACUGUGUAUGGCGAGCGGGGACAAGUCCUGAAGUCGAAGGAGAGAAAGGUCUUCCUCUUUGAUGAUGUGCUCAUCUGUGCCAACAUAAAUGUCAAAGGGCCUCCGGAUAUCAGCAGCCUGGUCCCCAUCGGCCCCAAGUACACCAUGAAGUGGAGCGCCCCCUUGCAGCAGGUGCAAGUGGUGGAGGUGGGGCAGGAGGGCUCCCAGAGCAAAGACACCCUCUUCCAACAGAGCGGAGCCAAGCGGCCGGGCAGUGUCUGCACUUCAGGUAAAGCGAUCCUGGGGCCUCCGCGGCUCUACCAGGAGCUGCAGGAGCUCCAACAUGACCUUUCCGUCGUGGAAGAAGUCACUCUCCUCGUGGGCACGCUGCAGGGGAUGUACCAGAACCUGAACACCACUGUGGCGCAGGACUGGUGUCUGGCUUUGCAGAGGCUUAUUCGUAUCAAAGAAGAACAGAUCCAGAGUGCGAACAAAUGUCGCUUACGCCUGCAGGUGCCUGGCAGGCCGGACAAGUCAGGGCGUCCUGUCAGCUUCAUGGUGGUCCUCAACACUCCAAACCCCCUUAGUAAGAUCUCCUGGGUAAACCGUCUGCACUUGGCCAAGAUUGCCCUACGAGAGGAGAAUUCACCAGGAUGGUUAUAUGGAGAGGACGAAGGGAAGACGAUGGCCCCGCUGUGGUGUCCGCUGCUCGCCAGUCACAUGCCCGUCUUCGCCACAAAGUCACCCGAGAGAAAGCUCGAAGCUGCCCUCCACAAUCCUGUUCACUGUGCAUUGCUGGGCUUCUCUGCUGCGAGCACCUCCUUACCUCAAGGCUACCUCUGGGUGGCUGGCGGAGGAGAAGGCUCUCAGGGGCAGAUAGAGAUAUUUUCCCUCAACAGGCCCAUGCCAAGAGCUGUAAAGAGCCUGCAGGUCGGCGCCGCUGUCCGAUGUCUGGAGUAUGUGCCAGAACCCUCCCCGAGUGAAGAAGAGGAAGCCGGAGGUCACAGGGCCCCCUCGGGGAUCGGCGCCAACAUUUGUGUCGGAUCAGACGAUGGGCGCGUCCUGGUCUACGGCAGCGUGGACACCGCGGCACAAUGCCUAUUGACCCUCCAUAACCCAGAGGGCUGCCCUGUGCUGUGCCUCAAGCACUCCUCGCGCUUCCUGUUUGCAGGCCUGCGGAACGGAACCAUGAUGGUUUAUGGAAGAAGUAGCAGGGAUGACCUCUGGGACCCUGACUCCCGCAGAUGUGUGAGCCUGGGCUCAGAACCAGUGCGGACUCUGUUGGUGUUAGAUGACUCAGUGUGGGCGAGCUGCGGGAACUCGGUCACAGUCAUGGACAUCUCCAGCCUCACUACUCAGAAGUUUGAAGUCCAUCCAGACCCGAUGGUCAGCGUGGCGCACAUGGCGCGCGCCGGUGGAGGCGUGUGGAUGGCGUUCUCCGAGGGCUCGUCCAUUCGUCUCUUCCAUACUGAAACGCUGGAGCUCCUGCAGGAAAUCAACAUCUCAACACGCUCGACGCUGCUGAACACCGGUCAGAAGAGCAUACGAGUCACGAGUCUCCUGAUUUGCCAGGGACUGUUAUGGGUGGGCACAGCCCAAGGCUUAAUUAUCACUCUUCCAGUCCCCAAACUGGAGGGCAUCCCCAAAAUAACAGGAAAGGGAAUGGUGUCUCUAAAUGCACACUGUGGGCCUGUGGACUUCCUGGUAGCCACCACCAGUACUCUGUCUCCUGACCUGCUGAAGAGGGAUUCCGUCGUGGACGGCCCAGACUCGGCCUGUGGAGGCGAGGACCGCAGCGACACCUCCUCUCAGGAAUCCCUGCAACAGUCCAGCUCCUACCACAGCGAGGGCAGAGGCAAAGGACGCGGCGUCCUGCUGCAGUACAAGCUGCGCUCCACGUCAGGACUGCCUGGACGGCCGUUAACGGCACUGGCCGACGAGGCGUCGGACUCCUCCCUGGAGUCUUUGGAGCACAGUGUGGAAGAUGGAUCUAUCUAUGAGCUGAGCGAUGACCCAGAAAUGUGGGUUCGGGGACGUCCUUGUGAGAGGGACGGGGGACGCAGGGACAGGGUGAUCUCUGCAGCGGUUAUCUCUGGAGGCAAGGGCUUCCGUAGACUGAAGGAGGGAGCAGCAGUAGGUACGAGGACAAGUGGGGAGGGUUUAGAGAAUAUUCUAAUGGUAUGGCAGCUCCCGCUCACAGUGUAACAUGGAAAAUAUACAGCAAGGUGGUGUGUAUUUAUAGAUGUCUCCCCAUCUUAGCCUCAAACCACUUGUUCCAUAAAUCCAAGGCAUUUAAAUAUCUGAUGAGCGGGUGUUACAGAGCUUAUGAUUUAGCCUGUGGAAUGAGGAGGCUAAGACACGCUGUUUAUUCGAGGUACUGUCAUCCCAUUGGUUGCUUUGAAUGUUCAGGAUUGUGCAUCAUCAUCUUCCCCGCAGUGGCAUCGACUGCCACAGAUUAGUUCCAUGUGAUUGUUUUGAACUGGUUCCUCUUACUGCCUUAGUUAAGAUUGAUAUGCCUCAAUUUAACCUCAUCGCUGCUGCGUGCACUCUGCUACGUUUAUUUUCUGCGAGGAACUUCUGUGUGAGCACCCAUGGACAGCACGCCUUUAAGAGGCAGCUUUUGUUGAAUCUGCCAUGCUCUGCAGCGUUCGAGAUGGACAUCUUUUAUCUGAUCCUGUGGGAAAGAUCCCAUCUGUUUAGAGCUCAAAGCCGGGGACUUCCACCGCAUCACAAAGCACAUUAGCAUCACUUUAUUAGCUCCGCCAGCUUUUCUGUCAUCCCUUACAAUGUGAAUGUACCUUACCUUCUAUUGUGUCUAAAAAUUGAAUCCAUGCUCUCGUUAAAAGAGGGAGAACUUCAUUUUUUUCCUGUUUUGCUGCAGCUGUUGCAAAACCAAUUUUUUUUUUUUUUUGGUUCCAGGAAAAAACAAAAACAAACAGGAGUCGCUUCCCAGAGCUCAGCAUGCCUUUGUUGAGGAGGGUCAUGUUCGCACAGACUGUCUGGGAAAAAAAACAAAAAAAAAAGAAAGAUGUUAUCGUGCUACAUUACACAAUCUAUAUUUGCACUGUAGGAAUCCUAUAAUUAUUACAGGUUUAUUCGAGGAGGCGGAACUUCUCGGUGCCACAUUUGAAAGUAUUAUCACGCCCAAGCGCUGUAAAUGCCAGGUGUCUAUUUCAUUAUCAACUUUCAGCUACCAGCUAGAUAAAAAACAAAUGUGCAUGCAGGGUGAGCAGUAACUAAGUUACACAUCAAAAGCUAAACUCUGUAGGCGAAUGAUGAAAUAAAAAAGCGCUGUGGCAUCUCAAACUGCUGUCAGGUACGUCUCAUCAGAGGGGGAACCUGCCUAACACAGACAACUGUUAUUACCUUUCAAUAAUAUACAAUUCAAAUCUUAUUAAAACAGUGUUUACAAUGUGUAGCAUGAGCCUGUAUUACAAUUACCAGACACUGAUAUAUAUUAUCUGUUGUAUUAGCCAGGAACACUAAGUCAUGUAAACCUCGCCCCCUCUCUUCUAGUUCUCAUGCUAACAUCUGCUCAAUAUUGUGACUUCACCGCUAGCGUUAAUAUUUUAUGAUCAGGCUACGUGUCAACAAGCAGACAUCCACGCUGGGUGGAAACCCUCACAUCUCAGUUUCUGGUGGUUAUCAUGUCUUCAGAUCAGUCGGCCCGUUUUUAACCUGAUAGGGAUGAUGAAAUCCUUUUAACCGCAUUGAAUGAAAAAAAAAAAAAGAGCAUUGUCAACAGGAUGUGUACAAGCUGUUCUCUUUUAUUCACUUGUAAAAAAAAUAAAAAAUAGAUUUUCGGAAGUAAACCGCUUGUAUUCAACAACAGCGAGCUGACAUGAGGAGCACUCAGUGGUACUGCCUGUGUGAUAUUGUGGUGUUCUUUUGCUUCAUGACUUCAAAGUUAAAGUGGCAUUGGCGGGCUUGUAAAUGCGGAGUAUUGACACGGGCAGCUAUUUUGCAGAAAAAUUAAGACGUGUAUACUUGACAGUGCACAUUUGUCAGAGUGUGUCGACAAAGGUUGAGGCCACUAUCAACACAGUUUUGUGGAUUUUGAAGGAACCAAGUGACGGUGAAGGUAACAGUUUAUCGUUUUUUUCUCCACCAGUAUUUCCACUCAGCCUUUCCAGCACACGUGGCUCCUCGUCUUAUCCAUUCAUCACGGACGAAGCGUACAGUUCAUGUUUCGUAUUUCCUUGAGGCACAUUGCGGUUUAUUUUCCCCCUUUCUUCUCCUCCUCACAAAAGCAAUUCAGAUGCAUUUUAAACAUCCUGCUUUCAGACGGAAUCAGUUAAAAAAAAAUAAAAAAUACGACGACGUAAACUGUCCUCUGAUGCUGUCAUCUAAAUGUAAAUCUCAAUGUCAUGUCAGAAACGUAUACUCUAAUUCAUGUGAGACGCAAUGCUGCUGCAGCCACAACGCCAUAAUGGUCACUACAGAGGCUGUUCGUUCAACCUCAACCGGAGGAUGAGUGUGUUUUCCUGCUUGAGCAGCCUGAUGAAAUAAACAUGAUUCCUUCACAAAAGCUGCCGUAGAGUUGGCACCGCUGAACUGUUUUGCAAAAACUGUUGUCUCCUAACAACUGAGAUUUAAUCUCCAAAGUAUAGCGACCUUUGAUGGUGAUGAUAUUGACUCACACAUUUCAUUUGCUUACACAACAUGUGUACAGGAGCUAUACAUGCACUGAAUAUUAAUACUCUUGAAUGAACGUACUGUACUACUAAUUAGAACUGUUACUGUACUAAUUAAACCUGUAUUCCCUUUUGUAAAGAGGACUCUGCAACAGUGUUGAUGUUUUUGAUGAGACUGUAUGAGGCACAAUUUAUUUUCCUGUGGUGUUUAAGGGUAAGUCUGGUGAAUUACUGGUUUGAUCUUAAUUUUUAGGUUUGGCCGUUGUUUUUCUGAACCAACUCGCAAAUGUAAAUUAGUCUGUCAACCUCUCAUUUCAUUUAUGAUUUCCAAGGGCAUUAUCAACACGCGUGGACCAAAAUGCCCUCUGGAUAGAGACGAGUCAUAAAACCCGGAGAUAAUUUAGCAUUUUUUGCACUUCUGAUUCCCUUGCCUUGAAGUCAGUAUUUUGUUUUGUUUUGUUUUGUUUUUUUAAGACAUAAAAUACAUCAGCUUACACUAAUGUUGGGGACAUUAGUCAUCAUCAUGGUGAAAAUGUAAUCUCAUUACUCAUUAGUCUUUUAUACAAACUAUUCAACUCUAACUUUAAAAAACGUGUAGCUUGGUCAGUUUACAGUAAAGUGUGAAUAGUAUAGUGUAGUAAGAUGUGUAGUGGUGGUGAUGUUGUAGUCAUGUAGAGGUGUUAUAGCCCAACAUUGUUUUUUUGUUUUGUUUUGUUUUUUUACAUCUGGUCUUGCUCGUGUUUGCCACAGGACUUAUUUUAGACAAUAAUCCAAAAUCCAAUUGGAAAAUCCUAUUGGCUUUUUUUCAAGGGAACCUUCUUGGUUAGCCUACAAAUACUGCUAGCCGUAAGUUAGCCCUUCACCACUACUUUGGAUAGACCCAUAAAUAACCAAACAGAGCUACAUAAGCUGUGAAAUAGCGCUGAAAUGGUUAACAUGACAGCAGAACAUGCAGAGGUUAAAGCACACAUGACACAUUAGCUUGUUAUCUCACACUGAAUGGCUAGCUAGCUAAUACUAACGGUAAUACAAGAGUAGCGUGAAUCGCAGCCUGGUGCUUUCUUUACACCCCGACAAUUAACAAACUACCUUCUUUCCAGGGUAAUGACUAAUGCAUUCGAACAAAAGUCACCAGCUAACAGGGUAACUCAUUAAGCCAGCACACUGUAGUUUUUACCAAUGUCGCCUUACGAAAUUGGAACUAAUUGUUGAAUUUGGCCUCGUAGCUCUAAUAUGAAUCAGUUGCUUAUUCUGUUGCUCGUUUCUUGCCUAAAAGAUGUUCAGAAACAGGUUCCGUUUGGUUGCUCAGGUGAGAUAAGUGAUAGUUUACUAGCUUGAGCUACUUACUCGUGCUCGAACCCCAUCAACCAUCUUAUCCAAUGCCCUCAUGACGCGAGUUUAUGUCCUUUCAAUAGUUGUAAGAAGUGAGCUGCUAAUUCCAACAGUGCAAUAGAGUUUCAGCAGAAAAGCAUUUAUGCCACUCAUAACCAAAAAAAUGGCUGUUCUGUCUUUGUAUAUUUAUGUAUUCAAAUUGCCUGCCAAAUAUUCCUGGAUCUAUCUGAGAUCUUUCUUAGCAUUUUGGCCUUCCAUUGUUGCGACUCUCUUUUUAAUGGCUCUGAUUGUAUCAAACCAUUGACGGUACAAAAGUAAGUCUAUCAAGAAUUCUCCAUAUUAGCAAAAUAGUUGUGAUCGGUCUGAUUGUUUCUAGGAAACCACAAGUUAACAUAAGAGAUCUGGGAACAUGGUGAUGUUACUCAAAAGAAGUCUGGUGAGAUGAAAAAAACACAGUCACAUGAUCAUAUAGGUUAUAAACAACAUCUUUACAUGUCAGGAGCACAUAAAGACAUAUUGUGAAAAUUGUUGAAAUCAUAUGUCACAGUUUACAGACCAACUUCCAAUCUCAACUUCAGACUGCAGUCACCAUGCACAAGCAGUUGUCCUGUGCAAAGAGGCAUUAUCACUGACAUAAUCCAUUCAGUGACCUUUAGUUUUACCAACUCCAACUUGUUUACAACCUACUUGAUCAUCUGAUCGCUCGUGUCUUGACUAAUCAGAUUUGAUAUAACAACAUUGUCGUGUUCCCUUAUCUCAGCGAUUGCUUUGGUGAAUAAAAAAAGGACAACUGACAGAAAUGAUGGCCAAACCUACAAAAGUAAGGUUACAAAAGUAAAGUGAUAAACUGGAAUUAUACAUUAAGCAAAAGUAUUACGCAUAAUGCCGUCGCAGGCAUUCUGAAAUGCAGUGCUCAUUUCCCUUUGGUACAAUACUUAAAUGUUAAAUGUCUAAACAUUGUCUAACAAGCGAAUGCUAAAUUAAAAACAUCUUUAAACAUGA